AUGGCGAGACACUGGGGCAUGAACUUGAUGCAGAUGAAGCGAGUCAAGGCUCUCCUGAGGAUGGGAGUCUGCGAGGAGGACCUCGAGAUAGCGGACAGGCUGCUAAAGAUGGGCCUGAACUGGUCGAACGACACGCCGCCCACGAAGGAGGAGCAGCUCCUGGGCUACAACUCACAGCAGAGGCAGCGGAUGAAGGCUCUGCACAUCUUGGGCCUUACGGAGGAGUCCUUCGACCGCUGCCGGGCGGUCAUGCUGAGCUCCCUCGGGCCCUCGGCGUUCGGGUACUCCGCGGACGAGACGGCGGCGUCGGCGGUGAGCGCGGAGGCGGAGGAGGGCUGGACGCCCGGGGACAAGUUCCGGAGAAGAGCGGCCCCGAGCGGCGGUGGUGGUGGCCACCACCACACCGGGAUACUAAGGAUGCCGACGUUUAGCCAAAGCAGGUAA